AAACCCACAGAAGCUGCAACUGGAGAUUUACUAUCCCUUUCUGAUCUCGUUCCUAUAAUCAAUGAUCAGUCACAGUACAUAAACCAUCUAGAAGCAGAAGUGAAGUUUUGCAAGGAGGAAUUGUCUGGGGUGAAAAAUCGAGUACAAGUAGUUGUACUUGAAAAUGAGGAACUCCACCAGAAACUGAAAUUCUUAACUGAGGAACAUACAUUGAGAGAACAAACUCUUAUAGAUGCCUCGGCAAAUAUGCAGAACUCCUGCCCUGUAGGUGCUAAUGACUGUAGCAUGCAUCAGCUCGUCACCUCAUCACCAGCACGUGACAAAGAUCAGCCUUUUGUUACAGCAACAGACGGAGAAAUAGAAAAAUGGCAUGUAGAACUGGAGAAACUAAAACUUCUUUAUGAAGAAAAAGUCAAUAUCCUUGAUGCUAAAAUACAGUCUCUAAGAAAAGACCUUUCAGAAUCUCAGAAGACAUGCAGAGAUUUGGAAGGAAGACUGGAACACCAGAAGUCACUCGUUUCAGCCACGAAUUCUAGCCGAGUUGGUGGUCUGUGUCUGAAAUGUGCACAACACGAGGCAGUUCUUGCGCAGACUCAUUCUAAUGUUCACAUGCAGACCAUCGAGAGGGUAACAAAGGAAAGAGAUGACUUGAUGGAUGCACUUGUUUCACUGAGACGAAACAUGAAAGAGAUGCAGCAAAGAGAAUCUAAUGCUUGUGAGCAAGUUAAACAAGCUGUGCAAAUGGCAGAAGAGGCCAAUUUAGAAAAAACAAAGGCUCUAGUCCAGUGUGAUCAGCUAAAAAACGAGAUGGAACGGCAGAAGUAUCGUCUUGAAAGGGAGUUAGCUGCCCAGCUAAGUAAGAGGGCUGAUGAAAAGGAAGCACUGCGGGAAGAAAUGAAGAAGGAAAGGGAGGGCUUGGCAGCAAUG